AUGCAACCGAAUGCAAGCCAACUCUACAUAUGUCCGGGAGCUUUAUGCGAUCACCGAUUCUGUCAAAAAAUGUUGGGAUGCAAAUUUUGUCUGUUCACAGAUCACCACAGCUUGAAAUAUUUUCUCACCCAAACGAUUCAAACACCUGAACAACAUAAGUGGAUCACUAAGCUCUUGGGUUAUGAAUUCAAGCUCCACUAUGAAUCGAGUCGGGAAAACAAAGUGGCUGAUGCCCUUAUCCAAAAACAUCAUUCCAUUCCUCUACGAUUGCCACCGUCUUCUCCUCCAUUACCAUCUAAUUGCAUUCAUGUUUCCCUUUUGCUUAGGCAUGUAAUGGAAAAGAAAUGGAAACUAACCGAUUCCAUAGCUGAGUCCAUUGCAGAAUUUGUUUCAAACCGGAAACUCAGCAUCUGGGAAUGUGUGGUUAAAUGUAGUGACCUCCAUUGCAGAAUUUGUACAGAUAGGUCACAGAAAGUGGCAGUGAUCAAUGGCAAAAUUCCACUUCAGACACUACCUGCAAAGCCCGUGGAGCAUCCCUUAUUUCAGAAACCACCUCCUGAAUUGCCGGACUUUAAGGCACUGUUAUCCUACCGGAAACGACGCAUGGAACCAGGGGCGGAACACAAAAACCAUAACCAAACCAAGGGGGCCGGAACAAAAAAUAUAUAG